UUCCUAGAUAGGUUCAAAAACACGGACCCCUGAAAACAUCAGGUGUUUUAGACAGAUGCGUGUACAUUCAUAUAUAGGUGACCUUUCCCAAUCCUCGUGUCCCAUAAACUCACACCAAGGUACACUCAUGUUGGUUCUACUGUGCCUCUCCCUUGCCUUCAGCGCAGUGCUGGGUGACUCCUGCACGGAGCACGUGCACGCUACUUUUGGCAAGGUCGGGAAGUGUAUCAAGAAGUCCUGCUGUGAAUACGCCACCUACAUUUCCUCCCUGUGUCCCGGGGAUGAUACAGCCUGCUGCUUCAAACGUGAUACAUGUGGAUCUCUGAGUGCCGGGUGCCCCCACAUCGUGUCCCGUGCGUCCUGGGGUGCCCGCUCCCCUCGCUCCACCAGCUACAUGCCGGGGCCGGCCAAGUAUGUGUUCAUCCACCACGGGGAGAGCGGCUCGUGUUCCACCCAGAGCGCAUGUUCCGCCAUUGUCCGGAGCUACCAGAACUACCACAUGGAUACACACGGGUGGAGUGAUAUCGGGUACAGUUUCCUCGUGGGUGAGGACGGCAAUGCAUACGAGGGGCGUGGCUGGGACAAGAUUGGGGCUCAUACCCAGGGCUAUAAUUCAGUCGGGCUUGGUUUCUGCAUGAUCGGUUCAUUUGACAACCACGUCCCCAACGCAGCGGCCCUCAACACCGUCAAGAACCUCAUCGCGUGUGGGGUGGGGAAGGGCAAGAUCAAGUCCACAUAUACGUUGAGAGGUCAUCGUGACAUGAACCAGACCUCCUGCCCGGGAACAGCAUUGUACAACCUCAUAAAGACCUGGCCCCACUACUGAACAAACGGACACUGUGGCAGUUGACA